UUGAAACAAAAGAGUGUAAAUAUACUUACGAAAAAAACUUCAGGGGCAUCAACAAAAUACAUUUUUGAAUGUGAUGGUUGUAGAAAAAAAUUUUCAACAAAAGACAUUCUCGCCAAACACAUUUCAUACAGUCAUAAGACGCAAAAGAACCAAAAGAACAUCACUGCAGUUCGGACACAAGUUGAACAAACUCCAGUACCACAACUAACGGAAAUAUUUAAUUGUGAUAUUUCCGAAUUUAAAACAACUCAAAAACGUUGCAUUUUGGCACAUCUUAACGCGCACGUCGCUGAACAAGUGUACUGUUGUAAUAAUUGUGAUUAUAAAUGUAUUAGAAAAGAUAAUUUGCAGAGACAUAUGAAAAUACAUACUGGAGAAAAACCUUUUUCAUGUAAUAUCUGUGAGUAUCAAUGUAUUCAAAAAAGUGAUUUGCAAAGGCAUAUGAAAAUACAUACUGGAGAAAAACCUUUUUCGUGUCUUAUCUGUAAAUAUCAAUGUAUUCGUAAAAGUCAUUUGCAAAGGCAUAUGAAAAUACAUACUGGAGAAAAACCGUUUUCAUGUAAUAUCUGUGAAUAUAAAUGUAUUAGAAAAUAUGUGUUGCAAACACAUAUGAAAAUACAUACUGGAGAAAAACCUUUUUCAUGUAAUAUCUGUGAGUAUCAAUGUAUUCAAAAAGGUGAUUUGCAAAGGCAUAUGAAAAUACAUACUGGAGAAAAACCUUUUUCAUGUAAUAUCUGUGAAUAUAAAUGUAUACAAAAAAGGAAUUUGCAAAAGCAUAUGAAAAUACAUACUGGUGAAAAACCGUUUUCAUGUAAUAUCUGUGAAUAUAAAUGUAUUAGAAAAGAUGUGUUGCAAACACAUAUGAAAAUACAUACUGCAGAAAAACCUUUUUCGUGUCUUAUCUGUAAAUAUCAAUGUAUAAAACAAAGUCAUUUGCAAAAGCAUAUGAAAAUACAUACUGGUGAAAAACCUUUUUCAUGUAAUAUCUGUGAAUAUAAAUGUAUAGAUAAAAGUAAUUUGCAAAGGCAUAUGAAAAUACAUACUGAAGAAAAACCUUUUUCGUGUCUUAUCUGUAAUUAUCAAUGUAUAAAAAAAAUUUAUUUGCAAAAGCAUAUGAGAAUACAUACUGGAGAAAAACCUUUUUCGUGUCAUAUGUGUGAAUAUCAAUGUAUUCAAAAAAGUAGUUUGCAAACACAUAUGAAAACACACACUUGA